ACGCAGCAGCCAAAGAAGAAGAAGAAGCGUCCCAAAUUGGCGCUCAUCUGGAGGCAGAAGCAACUGGAUCAAGAUGGACGACCCUAAACACAUUGGCCCUCUCAAUGGGAAGUUUGAGUACAAAAAACACCAGGACGGAUCAAUCGACCGACAAAAAGUAGUAUGCACACUAUGCAGGAAGGAGUUUUCGUUUCACCGAAGCACCUCCAGCUUAAAGUACCACAUCAACGCCAAGCAUACAUUCGCCGGGGAUUCCUCUGCAAGUAUUUCUUCGGCCGUCUUUCGCCAAAACACCCUAACGAAACGCCGGGGCCUCAGGGUGGACGAAAGACAAGAAUCUUAUGAGGGUAUGUCAUUGAUCCAGACUCGCUCAAACCACAACUACAUCCCCGACGCUGCUCUGCCACCUGGCGAGACAUGGCUUCAAGGCGGACCAUCGCGAGCAGUGCUUUCCCUGCCGUCCUGUCUGUGCCUCCACGAUUCUCCUGAUCCUGGAUCUUCUGGUGAUGAACGUACGGACCAGUGGAAGGUGUAUGCCAAGUGCCACCUUCAGCAGGGCAUCAUCUUUGGACCUUAUGUUGGAGAAGUGUCCAAAGGCCACAUGCCAACAAACCUCAAAUAUGCCUGGGCAAUCAGGAAUGAUGCUGAUUUUGUCUAUGUCGAUGCCUUUGAUGAAAACAGAUCUAACUGGAUGAGGUAUGUAACGUACAGCAGCAGUGAGGCUCAACACAAUAUGGUUGUUUUCCAGUUCUACCGUAACAUCUACUACAAGGUUUCACAGCCCAUCCCAGAGGGCGAUGAGCUCAGGGUCUGGAUCGGCAGGGAUUAUGCCAAACUGCUGGGCCUCAGGAUGGGUGAGAAUGUGAAAUGUGAACUCGGCGAUAAGGAGACAGUUCUGCAACUUCUGCCGGACAUUCAGUUGGUGACCCUCCCGGAGACCAGCAGCUCCUUCCAGACUGGAGACCACAGCCAAUCACUGCCCGUCAUCAGUGACGUGACCACCUUGUCAAAUCCAGAUGGAAAUAGUGAUUCAGGACAGAUCUCUCACGCCGCCUUUACUUCCCCAAUCCCAGGCUCAUCUGCUCAAUUGACGGACGCCAUCGCUAAUUUUCUCAUCAUGGAUCUCCAGCCUCCAGCUCUGGUAGGUGGAAAAGGCUUCACAGAGCUGAUCCGCUCCCUGCUUCCAGCCUACAAACUUCCUUCACCGUGCCUGCUGGAGAAGCUCCUGAAUGAACACCACAGCAGAGACAAAAAGCUCCUCGCUCAGAUGCUGAAGACGUCCAGCGACAAAGAAAAUGAAACCGUAGCCGAUUACACCGCGCCUAUCGAGUAUGAAUGCGGGAGACUUGCGCGGCCGCCCAGCGAGUGGGAGGAGGUUCCCUAUUUUGUUACAUUAAGCGUGGACGUUUGGGUCCACAGCUGGGAGGGACAUAAUGAGGGAUAUCUCACCCUCUGGGCACAUUACAUAGACUCAAACAUGAAAUGUCAGAAUGUCACCCUGGCAACGCAAAGACUCAGAGAGAGUGACGUGACAAACAACUACCUCCAGAGCUUGGAAGCCCAAGUAAAGAUGAUGGCCCAAGAGUGGGGCAUAUCCCAAUUUAAUCUGGCCUUGCUGGGAGGUAAAAGCAAUAACAAGAUGAGACUACUGAUGAUUAAUAAUGCAGAAAAAGCCCUGCACUCAAACUCCUUUCGGGAGAAGGGCAAAUCUGUGUCACCCAUGGAACCGGGUCAUCCAAGUGAAGGGCCUCUGUUUGUCCCGUGUUUCUUCAGUGUGGUACAUGGCUGCGUUGACGAAUUGAUGUCACACCCUGUCAUCUCCAAGACCGUCUUCCAAUUCCAGGGUGCUCUUUUUAACCUCUUCCCGGCACCUUGUCAACGCAGAGACUCUUGUCGGAGGCCGUCAAGUUAUCACCAGAGCGUGUUGGAAACGUUGACCAAACGGGAGCAGGCGGAGCUGAAGUCAUGGGCCAGCAACUGUCGGCCAACGUGGGACAGACUUUAUCCUCUGCUGAGCACACUCCUCAAACAUGAAAGCCUUAUCGCUAGUUUGGUAAAGCCGGUCAAAUAUGAGAACCUGACGGAUGAAGACGUCGCCUCAGAGUCCGGCGUGCGUAGCUGCUGCUAUGCAAACCCCUCAUCCACUGCAGAUGCAUCAAACACGGCACCAUUGCACUCCGAGUGGAAAAUCUUGGAGGAGUUAUGUUUAGUGCUCAAGCCAUUGGACGUGGCAUGUCAGACACUGGCCAAGGACGCUUUCCCGCGCUUGUCUCUCAUUAAGCCCAUCCUCACUGGCCUGCUUUCCCGCCACCUCGUAUGCCGGCCAGGGGACUCCAGCAUCUUGAAUGACAUGAAGCAGAUGGUGAGGCAGAUGUUGGCGAGGCAUUACAACAACCCUGAAGUCAACAGGAUUUUAAGUGUGGCCUGUUCCCUCGACCCCCAGUUUCACGGGCUGGGCUUCAUGAGCGAGACGGAGCAAGCGGAGACUUUUGAUUGGUUGAAGAAAGACACCAUCAGGAUAGCUGAAGACAGGAAGACACACAAAAUGAAGAAGACAUACUCAAACUCAAGUAAGAGGUUCAUCUCUCCUGAAAGACCAGAAUCAGAGACUCAUUUCUUGAAGAGAAGCAAACUGGGUGAGGUGGACUUCAGAGACAUGGAGGAUGAAGAAGAGCUGGAUCUGCCAGAGCUUGGCUCGCUGGGUGAAGUGUCUGGUAUGGAGUUCUUGCUCGGAGACUUGUUCUCCACGCCGCGGAGCAGGCAGGAUUCCGUGGAGGAGUCGGUAGACUUGGAGAUAUCAGUCUUCAGAGCUGACAAGGGAGCUUCAAUGGGAGUGGAGCCCCUCCAUUGGUGGAGGACAAAGGCGGUGCAAUUCCCAAUGCUGGCUAAAGUGGCAGAGGCGUACUUGGCUGCCCCAGCAGUGGCAGGCAACAUGGCGCAAGACUUUGUUCAGGACAGAGCGGGUGCAACCAACAGGAAAAGAGACAGCAUCCCACCGGAAAGUUUGGACCCAAUCUUGUUUCUGCACCACAACCACAUGAUCAGGCAUAAAAAUAAAACAUGAAUUCCUUACUUUCCUGAUUCAAAGUUCAGCUUCAAACCCGUUGCCUGUUGAAAAGACACACCCUCAAACAUGGCAGCUAAAAGUCCUAGUUGUCUUCUGACCCAAGACUUGUGCUUUACUUAGUUCUGCGACACAUUGUAAAUGAUCAUGGUGUGUUUGGUAUUUCAGAAAACCAUAAGCACGUGUAGCUCCAUCCUGAUCAAGAAGGAAAUGAUUAAUACUGAAUAAAAUCUCACUGUACCUUAA